GACUCCUCCAAUGAGUGUCCCUUCUCUAACAAGUAGCCGUUGUUGCUCGAUUGGUUGGAACUCUUCGAGCUUCUUCGUGCAGCUAGGAUUUCCCCCACAUGGCGAUACAGAAAUUAGAGGAUACCCAAAAAGGAGAUUUAGUCAGAAGAGAUUUCCCAGGGCAUGCUUAUCUUCUUCGGAUCCACUCUUAGUCAAGGCUGCAAGAGGAUAUCCUGUCAGUCGGCCUCCAACAUGGAUGAUGCGGCAAGCAGGAAGGUAUAUGGCUGUUUAUAGAAAGCUUGCAGAGAAAUACCCAUCCUUCAGAGAGAGGUCAGAGACAAUUGAUCUCAUUGUGGAAAUUUCUUUGCAGCCUUGGAAUGCUUUCCAUCCUGAUGGGGUCAUUAUUUUCUCUGACAUACUUACCCCUCUACCUGCAUUUGGCGUCCCCUUUGACAUAGAAGAAGUAAGGGGCCCUGUUAUUCAGUCUCCAAUUUCUUCUGAAGAGGGAUUGAAAGCCUUGCAUCCCAUUGACUUGGAGAAACUUCAUUUUGUGGGAGACUCACUAAGAAUAUUACGGCAGGAGGUUGGGGGGAAAGCUGCAAUCCUGGGUUUCGUGGGGGCUCCAUGGACAAUUGCUACAUAUAUAGUGGAGGGGGGUACUACUCGCACGUAUAAAACCAUAAAAAGCAUGUGCCAUACUGCACCGCAUGUAUUGAAGGCCCUUCUAUCUCAUCUAACGCAGGCAAUAUCUGACUAUAUCAUUUUCCAAGUAGAUUCUGGGGCUCAGUGUGUACAAAUCUUUGAUUCAUGGGGUGGACAGCUACCACCUAAUAUGUGGGAGCUUUGGUCAAAACCUUAUAUUGAACAGAUUGUGAAUGCAGUGAGGAAGAAGCGCCCUCAAACACCUCUAGUCCUCUACAUCAAUGGCAAUGGUGGCCUUCUUGAGCGCAUGCAAGGAACUGGGGUUGAUGUUAUCGGUCUUGAUUGGACGGUGGAUAUGGCAGAUGGGAGGAGACGACUGGGUAGUGGAAUCACUAUUCAGGGAAAUGUUGACCCAGCCUACCUGUUUUCUCCACAUUCUGUCUUGACAGAUGAAAUCCAAAGGGUUGUGAGAUGCGCUGGCUCAAGGGGACACAUCCUCAAUCUUGGGCAUGGUGUGCUCGUUGGAACUCCUGAAGAAUCUGUUGCCCAUUUCUUUGAUGUUGCAAGAAGCUUGAAGUAUGAAACUUUUGGUGAAGACUGUAUGGAGGAGAAACUCAAAUCGGUAGUUUGAAGAUGGAUUACGAGGAGAUCGCAACUUUCAAAGUUUUUUUUUUUUUUUUUGGGUGCCCUUAGCAGAGGGUUUCAAUUUAAAUUCACCCCCCCCUGCAUUGUGAAUCACUGGUAGCCUGAUGUUAAAUAGACAAGUUGCUCAUCAAUGGAUCUGCUUUUGCUUUUCGACCAAGGUGUCUGAUAUCACAUCAAUCAAGUUCCCACACAUUAGGAGAUAUAUGGAAUUGUCUCUGAGCAUAUUGGAAUCAGAAGUUCAGGUUUUUU